GGUGGUCGAGGCAUGAGGGAGGUGGCGUGGAAUUCUUGCACUGAUGAGAUGGGAGGGAUUUUCUUCUGUAGAAGAUCUUUGUUGCCCACCAGAUUGGCUUUUCUCGCCCGCGCUUGCUGCCCUCCUGUCUGCAUUCCGCACCAGUCGAGUGGUCCUGGUACUGUACGCAGGAUGGCUUUAGUUUAGUACUAUUGUCGAUGCGACAGCUUCUGUACGAGGCCGGGCGUAUAGAUUAGUGCUGACUUUGGAAUUUUGUAGGUGAUUUCAAGGUAAAGGUUGUGACAAAAGGCUUAAUCCGAUGGAUCUCACGGUUGGCUGCAUUGGAUACGGAUUUUGUGUUUGAUCUCAGCGUGGCGAAUGUAAGCGGACAGCUCUAGGUGGUGAAGCUGUGUGAAGUCCUCGUUCUUUCUUGUGUCACGGAGGCGGAACCCGUGCUGCGCAGAGGUGGUGAUUAGCGGUUCGAGAACGGAUUCUAUUCGUGGAUUUGGUGAUCGCUUCUGCCGGGGUGGACUUCAGGUCUAAAGGCGACGCGGUCGGUGUGCGGUCCCGUUACUCGUGAUCCGUUUCGGUGUUUAGUUCCGGAAGUUGUGGAGUUGGGAAGGCUGAUGUGGGGACAUGAGCACUGAAUGGGCAACACAUGUGUAGGGGCAGCUAGCAAGGCCGGCUUCUUCGAGUUCCCUCAGGAAGGAGGCUCGCCCAGUCCCUCGGUCACACCGAAGGGCACGCAGCCAGAGGAGCCGGCAGCGAAACCCAACAACCCCUCGCCAGAGGAGCGGAGGAAAUCCGGGGCGGGCGUUGAGCAGGAGGCGAGAGCAGAGCUUAAGCCCCAGCUGAGCCUGACGAUUCAGGCGCCCGCCGUGAUCCGGAUCGCACCCACAGUGUACCCAUCCGCAGCGAACAGGAGGCAGGAGAACUGCGUGGUGCCAGCCAUGAGGAGAGCAGGGCUGAACCUGAUCCCGGGGCUGAGCUUCACGCACUCGGUGCUGCAGCGGCAGACCGAGAAUCUGAAGGACCUGUACAGGCUGGAGCGGAAGCUCGGGCAGGGGCAGUUCGGGACGACGUACCUGUGCGUGGAGAAGGCGACGGGGAGGGAGUAUGCGUGCAAGUCGAUUGCGAAGCGAAAGCUGAUCUCGCAGGAGGAUGUGGACGACGUGCGGCGGGAGCUGCACAUCAUGCACCAUUUAUCGGGGCACCCGAACAUCGUGACGAUCAAGGGCGCGUACGAGGAUCAGAUGGCGGUGCACCUAGUGAUGGAGCUGUGCGCGGGGGGGGAACUGUUCGACCGGAUCAUCCAGCGAGGGCACUACUCGGAGGCUCAAGCGGCGGAGCUGUGCCGCGUGAUCGUGGGAGUCGUUGAGACGUGCCAUUCGCUGGGCGUGAUGCACAGGGACCUGAAGCCGGAGAAUUUCUUGCUAUCGGACCAGAGCGAAGGCGCGGCGCUGAAAACGACGGACUUCGGUCUAUCGGUAUUCUUCAAGCCUGGCGAGGUGUUCACGGACGUGGUGGGGAGCCCGUACUACGUGGCGCCGGAGGUGCUGAGGAAGCACUACGGACCGGAGGCGGACGUGUGGAGCGCGGGGGUGAUACUGUACAUUCUACUGAGCGGAGUGCCACCGUUCUGGGCGGAGACGGAGCAGGGGAUAUUCGAGCAGGUAUUGAAGGGCGAGCUGGAUUUUGUGUCGGAGCCGUGGCCGUCUAUAUCGGACAGCGCGAAGGACUUGAUCCGGAGGAUGCUGGACCCGAACGCGAAGCGUCGCCUGAAAGCGCAUCAGGUGCUGAGCCACCCGUGGAUUGGCGAGGAGGGUGUGGCUCCGGACAGGCCAAUGGAUCCCGCGGUUCAAUCGCGGCUGAAGCAGUUUUCGGCGAUGAACAAGCUGAAGAAGGUGGCGAUCCGGGUGAUCGCGGAGCUUUUGUCGGAGGAGGAGAUCGCCGGGCUGCGGGAGAUGUUCAAGAUGAUCGACACGGACCACUCGGGCACCAUCACGUUCGAGGAGCUGAAGAGCGGGCUGGAGAGAGUGGGGUCGAACCUGGUAGAGUCGGAGAUCCGGCAGCUGAUGGACGCUGCGGACGUGGACCAGAACGGGACGAUCGACUACGGGGAGUUUCUGGCGGCCACUCUGCACCUGAACAAGAUCGAGCGGGAGGAGAACUUGUUUGCGGCGUUUUCGUGGCUGGACAAGGACAACAGCGGGUAUCUGACGGUGGACGAGCUGCAGCAGGCUUGCAGCAAGUACAACAUGGGGGAGACGUCGAUCGAGGAUCUGAUCCGGGAGGUGGAUCAGGACAACGACGGGCGGAUCGACUACAACGAGUUCGUGACGAUGAUGCGGAAAGGGAACGGUGCAGUGGGUCGGACGACGCUGCGGAACAGCCUGAGCCUUUCGGACGCACUGAUGAACCCACAGUGAGGAGCGGAGGGUGUGGGACGCGAGAUGCCGAGUCAAGUGGACCAGUACUGCAUGGUGGGCGAUGUAUUCCCCUAAGCUUCCAGGAGGCACGCAGCAGGAGCAACAGCAGAGGAAGCGGGAGCCUUGUGCUGGUUGGCCAUGCGUGUGUGGAAGAGAGGACGUUGCGAUGGAUGGUUGUGAAGAGGCUGAGACGAUGGCAAGGUGUGUGGGCUGUCGGGCAACGACGGGAAGGCCGCAGACUGGUAAUGUACAUGAGAUAGUGAUGCGAGUAGUGAGUAGCGACAGAGCAGCGAUUUUGCUGAGAGUAGAGGUGGAUCUAUGGGUGGAUAGGGACGGUCAAGCGGCGAGUGGCUGUUUCUGUUUUGCCUGCUGGGCCGCCGAUCGGUCCUGUUUCUGUAAACGCGUGCCGGUGACUGGCGAUUUUCGAUAUGAUUGCUUUGAACAUUAUCGAACCUUUAUUUUCCGGUUUUACUACCA